CAACAACCACCCGGAGCCGCCGAGACCUAGCCCCGCCGCCAGCCGCCGGCGAGCCCGCGACCAUGGCGACCCCGACCCCGCAGGGCGAGGCCUCCUCCUCCGAUCCGAAGGGGGCGAAGAAGGACUACUCGACGGCGAUCCUCGAGAGGAAGAAGUCGCCCAACCGCCUCGUCGUCGACGAGGCCACCAAUGACGACAACUCCGUCGUCGCGCUCCACCCCGACACCAUGGAGCGCCUCCAGCUCUUCCGCGGCGACACCGUCCUCCUCAAGGGUAAGAAGAGAAAGGACACAAUCUGCAUUGUGCUUGCAGAUGACACAUGUGAGGAGCCAAAGGUCAGGAUGAACAAGACCGUCAGGAAGAACUUGAGAGUGAGACUUGGCGACGUGGUGUCUGUCCAUCAAUGCCCAGAUGUCAAGUACGGCAAGCGUGUGCACAUUCUUCCUAUUGAUGACACGGUUGAAGGCAUUACUGGGAACUUGUUUGAUGCCUUCUUGAAGCCAUACUUCCUUGAAGCUUACCGCCCUUUGAGAAAGGGAGAUCUUUUCCUUGUGAGGGGUGGAAUGAGGAGUGUGGAAUUCAAAGUUAUAGAGACUGACCCUGCAGAGUAUUGCAUCGUCGCACCUGACACUGAGAUAUUCUGUGAUGGUGAGCCUAUUAAGAGGGAAGACGAGGAAAGGCUCGAUGAGGUUGGCUAUGAUGAUGUUGGUGGGGUUAGGAAGCAAAUGGCCCAGAUCAGAGAACUGGUUGAACUCCCACUGCGUCAUCCUCAGCUCUUCAAGUCUAUUGGCGUGAAGCCUCCUAAGGGCAUAUUGCUGUUUGGACCACCUGGCUCUGGCAAGACCCUUAUCGCUAGAGCUGUUGCUAAUGAAACUGGUGCAUUCUUCUUUCUGAUUAAUGGCCCAGAAAUUAUGUCCAAGCUAGCAGGAGAAAGUGAGAGCAAUCUCAGGAAGGCAUUUGAAGAAGCUGAGAAGAAUGCACCAUCAAUCAUUUUCAUUGAUGAGAUCGAUUCGAUUGCCCCAAAGAGAGAGAAGACCAAUGGAGAGGUUGAGAGGCGUAUUGUUUCACAGCUGUUGACUCUUAUGGAUGGGCUCAAGUCCCGUGCACAUGUUAUUGUUAUGGGCGCUACAAACCGCCCAAACAGUAUUGAUCCUGCCCUCAGAAGAUUUGGUAGAUUUGAUCGGGAGAUUGACAUUGGUGUCCCUGAUGAAGUUGGGCGCCUGGAAGUUCUCCGGAUUCACACCAAAAACAUGAAGUUGGCUGAAGAUGUUGAACUGGAACACAUUUCAAGAGACACCCAUGGGUAUGUUGGUGCUGAUCUCGCUGCUCUUUGCACUGAGGCUGCUCUCCAGUGCAUUCGUGAGAAAAUGGAUAUUAUAGAUCUUGAUGAUGAGACCAUUGAUGCUGAGAUUCUGAACUCAAUGGCUGUGACGAACGACCAUUUCAAGACUGCAUUAACAACAAGCAACCCAUCUGCUCUCCGUGAAACUGUUGUUGAAGUUCCCAAUGUCUCUUGGGAAGAUAUUGGUGGUCUGGAGAAUGUCAAGAGGGAGUUACAGGAGACUGUCCAAUACCCUGUGGAGCAUCCAGAGAAAUUCGAGAAGUUUGGCAUGUCUCCUUCCAAAGGUGUUUUGUUCUACGGCCCUCCUGGUUGUGGUAAAACCCUGUUGGCGAAGGCAAUUGCUAAUGAGUGCCAGGCUAACUUCAUCAGUAUCAAGGGACCUGAGCUGCUUACCAUGUGGUUUGGAGAGAGUGAGGCUAAUGUGCGUGAGAUCUUUGACAAGGCUAGGUCAGCGCCAUGUGUCCUCUUCUUUGAUGAGCUUGACUCGAUUGCUACCCAGAGAGGAAGCAGUGUUGGGGAUGCUGGAGGUGCUGCUGAUAGAGUCCUCAACCAGCUCCUGACUGAGAUGGAUGGCAUGAACGCCAAGAAAACUGUGUUCAUCAUCGGUGCCACCAACAGGCCUGACAUCAUUGACCCUGCGCUGCUUAGGCCAGGGCGUCUUGAUCAGCUUAUCUACAUCCCUCUUCCUGAUGUUGAGUCGAGGCUCCAGAUCUUCAAGGCUUGCCUCAGGAAGUCCCCUGUGGCCAAGGAUGUUGAUCUGGAUGCUCUCGCCAAGUACACCCAAGGGUUCAGUGGUGCUGAUAUCACUGAAAUUUGCCAGCGUUCUUGCAAAUAUGCCAUCAGGGAAAACAUCGAAAAGGACAUCGAAAGGGAGAGGCGGAAGAAGGACAACCCUGAAGCCAUGGAGGAAGACGAGACUGAUGAGAUUGCUGAGAUCAGGGCUGCUCACUUUGAAGAGUCGAUGAAGUAUGCGCGCCGUAGUGUGAGCGACGCCGACAUCCGGAAGUACCAGGCCUUUGCCCAGACUCUGCAGCAAUCCCGUGGAUUUGGCAGCGAGUUCCGGUUCCCUGACGCUCCUGCUUCAGGCGCAGCCGCUGCUGCAGAUCCUUUUGCGUCAUCAGCCGCUGCGGCGGAGGAUGAUGAUUUAUAUAGCUAGAUCCUGUUGCUGUACCAUUAACUUACAGACGAUUUCCUUUCCUUCAUACACUCGUUAUGUCAUGCUUUGUAUGGAAGACGCGGGCAGACAACGUACUUAUUUAAGUUGAUAUUGGGAUGCACUGAUAAUCUGCUGGUUAUUUGCUC